GUACUUUAUGUAUUUAACAGUUUCAGCUUUUUAGUGGCAACUGACUAGGAAAUACAGGAUUCUCAUCACCUCGCAUAGUAGCAUAAUGUCUCUGGCACUGAAUAGUUUGAAAGAGCAGAUUGAAAAAGCAAAAGAAAACCUGAAAAGCGUAGAUGAAAACAUCAAAAAAAUAACAGGAAGGGACCCAAAUGAACCAAGACCAAAUAUUGAAAAUCGAAGACUAUCUGGUGGUGCAUCUCGCAACAGAGAGACUGGAAACAUUUUAGGACGACGAGAAAGAGAUGUUCAAACUUCAAAGAUACAGGAUUCAGAGCCUCCAAGAAAGAAACUAGCUGUGUUCAGCAGGCUUGGACCAGCCGGGGGAGGUAGAAGAGUCAUCAUCAGGGGAAGGAGAAAAUCAAAACAAGAAGAAGAAGAUGAGGAAGAAGAAGAAAUCGUGAAGAAGCCUGCUGUACAAUCUUCUGUUGUAUCAACUGCCAAGAAAAUCACCAAAAAUGAAUUAAUAAGUGCUCAGAAUGUUGGAGAAAAGGGCAAGGCAAGAAAUCGCCGAAUGUUUGGUGUUUUAAUGGGAACUCUUGCGAGAUUCCAGAAUGAUUCUGGCAGUCAGCGACAGCAGACACUAAAGCAGACUCAGAAGCAGAGAGAGGUGGAAACAAGACUCGAAGAGCAGACGAUUGAAGAAAGAAGAAAACUGGCAUCACAGCGGAGGACCCUCUUCAAUGAAAGACGAGCUCAACAGAAGAGAAUUCAACUACUCGAACAGAAAGUUGCCCUUGCAGAUGAACUUGUUGAAUGGGAGAAAGAAUGGGAUAAAAAGUCAAAAUUUAUCAUGACUAAAGCAUCCCCCAAAAUAUUUUUCAUGCCGAAAGACCUCACUCCCCGAACGCAGAGGGCACUGGAAGAAAGCAAAGAACAAAUUAGAGACAUUGUUGAAAAACACAGAGAAUCUGUGGGAGAAACAAUGAAUAUUUUUGAUGCUGAAAUUAAAAUGCUGGAAGGCAAAUUAGAGGAUGAAAAUGGUAAAGGGAAAGAUUUACGUAAGAAUAGGGAGGGUGGGGGUACCAAGUCACCUAUUCGUAAAAGGGGGGUUAGAAUUACUGUACCUUUAGAACAUGAAGAGGAAAUGGAUCUUGAUAGUAUGGGGCCACAGGUCGACAUAAAAGUUGAGAUGGAUGAUCAUGAAGAGGAAGUGAGUGAUGGGGGUGAAGAGGGGGUUACUAAUGGCGAGACAAUGCACAUUAAACAAGAACCUGUUGGGGCACAUCAGUCUCCAGAAUCACAGAAUCAUGAAGAAGCCAUGGAAGAAGAAACUGGAACACUUCUCGAAUCAAAACAACAAGUUGAAGGAAUGGAUUCACAAAAUCUGGAAGAUGAUAUAAUAACUGGCGAUAUAAAUGAUAAAGUAAUUACCUCUGCAGAAGAGAAGGAAAAUGCUCUCCCUGAUUCUGAAGAUAUGUCAGAAGUGAAUGUAGAACAACAAGGCGCAUCUUCGUGUGAAACAGAGGAACAAAUUGAACCUUCUACCAAAUAUCAAGAAAAUAAUUCCCCCUCGUCUAAUCAAUCUAGCAAUUCCAGAAAUGAUGUUAAUAGUGCUGUUGAUAAAGAAGAUAAUAAUGGAAGUGGCCAAAAACUGAAAGAGAUUGAAGAAUUCGAAAAUAAUGUGAAUGAGAGCAAAAAAGAAAAGACAAAGUUAAAAAACGGUUGCAAUGACAAUGAAGAAAAUCAAAGAUCUCCCGUGUCUGUCGGAGAAGACAAAAAAGAUGUCAAACCAGAUCAAGAAAAAUCUUCAGAUUCUUGUGAUGUCGAUUCCACAACUAAACUUUCCUCCAGCGGCGAUGAAAUGAAGCCUAGCCAUGAAACAAAACGUCAAGAGCAUUCAUUGUCAAGUGAAUCUGAAACUGCUAGAAAAUUAGAGACUCGUGUUAACGUUUCGAAAGCAGCAAAGCUUCAAACUAAAGAUUCUCUCGGUUCUGGCAAAGCAUUAAAGCACCAGAAAAGUGACAAGGCGCCUGAACGUAAACCUUUGUCUGAAAGAAAACAUGUUCGUAAAUCCUCGUCUUCUUCUAGUAGCGAAUCAGACAGUGAGAGUGAAAAGGGGAGAACAAAGUCUACUCGAAAACCAAAACCACAAACAUCAUCUUCUUCUUCUGAUAGUUCAUCUGAAGAUAAGCAUCGCAGGCUCAAAAAUCGUCAAUUCUCAAGUAAGCAACAAUCUCCACCCAAACGUAAUAUAAGAUCAAAACCGAAAUCUUCCGAAAGUGGGAGUAGCGAUGAAUCAUCUUCAUCAGAAGAAGAUAGGAGAAGAAAAAGUUCAUCACAUUCACGUAGAAAAGAUGAUGAUCGCAAAUCAAAACAUUCUCGUAGCAAAAGAGAGGUUUCUAGGAAGUCUUCGAGAAGCAGUCAUCGUAGGUCUAGAAGUAGAAGCACGGAUAGAAAAGAUCGACGCCGGCGGUAGAGCUUGGUUUUGUGGAACAUGGCUUUUUUGUGAUUCUGGGAUAUUGGAGAAUUAAUUUUCUGAUGACAUAAUUGAUGAUAAUACUCUCAAUUCAUUUUUAUUAAACUUCGCCUCCCAUCACUCACCUCACUCCUUUAUUAAUCUGAAAUCAAUGAAUGUAGACUGUGACCCCCUAAUCAUGGUAAGUAUUUGGAGGUCUGCGCUACCAUUAGGGAUAGGAUUUUUAUAAAUUAGGAUAUUUUGUCAUUAUUAAGAUGCAAUAGGAUAAGUUGAAUGCGACGGCUGAGGAUUGCUUUGAAAUUUUUACUAUCCCAGUUUGCAUAGGAAUGGGUAAAAAUUUUCACGAUGAUGUGUAAUCAUGAAAGUGCAGCAUUGAAAGGGGAUUUACUCCGAAAAAAAAUUACCCUAAUAAUGUAGCUCUUGUGCCCGUUUUUUAUUUAAUUGACUCAAAGUGUAUAGAAUUUCAUUUAUUCAAGCUUCAACUCCUCAUCUUACCAAGAUUCUAUUCUAGCGGUCCAGUUAUAUUUAUUUCUAAUGUUCAUUACAAGAAUGAACGUAUUUUUCAAGCAUUUGAUCCUGCUGACUAUGCGCUGUAGUUGCUAAUUUACUGCGCCUGUGCGUGGUGUGGAAGUUUGUCAUGAGAAUCUGUAAAAAGUAGCUUUCUAAUUCAAUGUACAGCAGUUGGUUUGUGCUUAAUCCUGUUAAUGAAUUAUUGUUGAUUGAUCAAUAUCCGGCCCGGUCUAAUUUUAUUGAGCCCGUACAUGAGGUCGUUUUGAUUUUAGUCGUUUUAUGUUGUGUAAUAAAGAAUUGAUUGCCAGUAUGAAA